AUGAUGUGGGGAAACUGGACAACUGUCAAGGAAUUUAUUCUUGUGAGCUUCUCAACCUUGUCCUCUGAAGUACAGGCUCUACUGUUUCUCCUGUUUUUGACCAUUUACUUGAUCACACUGAUGGGCAAUGUCCUCAUCAUUCUGGUGACUACGGCUGAUUCUGCCCUGCAAAGUCCUAUGUACUUCUUCCUCAGAAACUUAUCCUUCCUCGAGAUAGGUUUCAACUUGGUCAUUGUGCCCAAGAUGUUGGGGACAUUGGUAAUUCAGGACACAACCAUCUCCUUCCUUGGCUGUGCCACUCAGAUGUAUUUCUUCUUCUUCUUCGGUGCUGCCGAGUGCUGUCUCCUUGCCACAAUGGCCUACGACCGCUACGUGGCCAUCUGUGACCCCUUGCACUACCCAGUCAUCAUGGGCCGCAGGUCCUGUGCCCAGCUGGCAGCCGCCUCUUGGUUCUCAGGGGUCCCAGUGGCCACUGUGCAAACAACAUGGAUUUUCAGUUUUCCUUUUUGUGGCCCUAACAGAGUGAAUCACUUCUUCUGUGACAGCCCCCCCGUCAUUGCCCUGGUCUGUGCUGAUACCUCUCUGUUUGAACUGGAGGCUCUGACGGCCACUGUCCUGUUCAUCCUAUUCCCCUUCUUGCUGAUACUGGGGUCCUAUGUUCGCAUCCUCUCCACCAUCUUCAGGAUGCCCUCAGCUGAGGGGAAACGCAAGGCCUUCUCCACCUGCUCCUCCCACCUCUUAGUUGUCUCCCUCUUUUACAGCACAGCUAUCCUCACAUAUUUCCGACCCCGCUCGAAUACCUCCCCUGAGAACAAGAAGCUUCUGUCGCUCUCCUACACAGUGGUGACUCCCAUGUUGAACCCCAUAAUUUACAGCUUAAGGAAUAAUGAGGUGAAGGCUGCACUGAGGCGGGUUGUCCUCAGAGCUCUCGGCCCUCAGAAACUGUAA